AUGACGGACACAAUUGCAUCCUUCAAACCCAAAGCCAUCGUCUUCGACCUUCUCACCGGCCUCCUCGACUCCUGGACCAUCUGGGACGCCUCCACGCCCACCGGCACAUCCCUCGAAGGUCUCAAAUGGCGCAAGCAAUAUCUGGAAGUCACAUACGGCAGCACCGUUUACGGGCCCGGUAGCACCUACGAAGAGCUCGUCUCCCGCGCGGCCGCAGAAUCCGGACUCCCAUCGUCAUCUCCUGAGGCUCUCCACAAGAACUGGAAGGAUCUGAAGGCGUGGCCGGAAGUAGGGCAGGUGUUGCGGGAGUUGAGGAAGAAGGGGUAUUUGCUUGGUAUUGUGACGAAUUGUUCGAGGGAGUUGGGACAUGCUGCUGUAAGGAGUGCAGAGAGGGCUGCUGAGGAGGCUGAGGGGGAAGGGGAGGGAAGUUGGAAGUUCGAUGCUGCGGUGACUGCGGAGGAAACGGGGUGGUAUAAGCCUGCGGUGGAGGCUUACCAUGGGAUUUUACCGCUACUGGGUGACGUGAAGCCGGAAGAAGUGCUCUUUGUAGCUGGUAGCGCAGGAGAUGUUGUAGGGGCGUCGAAGGCCGGUUUUAGGGUUGUGUGGAAUAACCAUGUAGGAUUGGAGAGGAAGGGGGAUGUGCUGCCAUUGCGGGAAGGGCAGAGUCUGGAUGAGGCGUUGCGAGACUUCUUGUAA